AUGUCUUCCAAAAAAGCGUGCAAAGUAUGGGACUCUGGCCGCGAGAAACGGAAAGGGUUAGUCGCUACUUCAUAUGAGGAUCUUCGCAAGAAGGGAUGUGCCACAUUGAACGUGCCACCGGGCGACCUGCAUAAGGUCGUACUGGAACGAGAUGGAACUCAAGUUUGUGACAGUGAUUAUUUCGACACUCUGCCAGAUCAGACUGUUUUCAUGUUCAUCAAGCAUGGUGAAGAUUGGUCGCCUCAAGAAGGAAGUGAUGUUGUGGAUAGUGCGUCGGUGACGGACGAAGGUGUUAUUGGCUCUCAUCGCGCCUGGACUCUAUUUUUGCGCGUCCUUGAGGAUCCCAGAACUCUGACCCUAAUGAGUAAUCCAGAUCUCAUUGAUCUGGUCGAACUCGGCGACAAUCUGAACUCGGACGGCUCAUUUCCAGUGUUCAUUGAUCGGAAGCUAAAUGUGGAGGGAAGGCGUGAGAAAGCUGAUCUCAUCUUCGAUGCCGCUGUGCGCAUUCUGAACGAGCGUCAGAAAAUCUCCGAUGCUGUCGAUUACGUGACUUUGUACCAGAAAGCGGAAGCUGCCGCAAGUGCUCAACCCGAAUGACUUUCGUUCCAAUCAUGAUCUCGGCGAACAUUCCUUAUUCAUGUACUUUCCGUUCGAUUUUUUCAAUGUUUUUGGGUCGUGUUGAGGUUGCUUGAACAACGGAUUAUUCUUGAACUGAUUCAUCCGCUGUGCUGUGGAGAAGGGUAUUUAGAAUUUCAAUUUUUUUCACCCGUUUUUGUGUGUUCAAGAUAUCGUAUUUUUCCUCUGCUACCAGUAUUGACAAGAGCACCUGUGUUCCGAGUCUUAAUCGCUCAAGAAUCAAGUUCUUGGAUUUAAACUUUUCUUUUUAAACGUUUCUUUUUUUGGUGUUGGCGAAAGAGGUGUAUCUAUUCAAUUUAAAGCUACUGGAUGAAACGUCUGGUAUAUUUUCAGUUUAUUGAAGAUUCUUCUACUUCCUGAACGAGUUGAAGGUUGAUUCUAAACAGCUACAAGAAAGUGACAGUUCGAAGUGCAAACUUUGAGGCAUUUUUUAGCUUUUUCUGAUUUAUCUUCUUUCAAGUUACGUGAGAGUCUUGGUGUUGCUUAAUCUGAGAAUGUCUCGGUAUUAGUCACUCGAUAUAAAAUUGUACCCCCUUCUUUUGGCAUCUUGUAAGUUCAAUGCAAUAUACUGUAUUUGGGAAGACACUCCUGCGUCAUUGAAGCAUUUUCAUACCUCAAAGUUGGCGCUGUGCAGUAAAAUAGUUUUUGGCAUGCUGUGUGUAAGUUGAAUGGCUUCUUAGAUUUUGCGGUAGAAUUUUCAAGUUGCAGGAGCUGGAAAAUCAAUGUGCGUCUUAUCUUCGCGCAAAUAUCGUUUCAACGUGGAAACUGUGUUCAAAUUUCUUGUUAUGGGAAACUGUUGGGAUUUCUGAAGGAACUGCCACCCCGAACAUUCCCGAACCUUUUUCAGUGAAAUAUUGUCAUUGGACGAAAGAUGAUGCGGUGUCGAUUUCUCUCUAAUUCUUGAGGAUUUUUGCUAGGCAUGGGUAUGCGAGUUUUAGACUUCGAUUCUUCGUCGUAAUUCUUGUGCGAAAUUCGAAAUUAUAUUGCUUCCUCGCAAGAGGGGAAUUAUCUAUGCUCAAAUUCGUGAUGGACAUCUGCGCUCGAGGAUAAGCUUUGAUGAUACCAUUGGAAAAUCAGCCGUGAUUGAACUUCGGUCCUUUUUCUCAACUGCCAUCGAUAUUGUAUCCGCGAGAGACGGAAUGUAUUCACACAUUAUUGUCAGA